AGAGAGCAGCCAGGGAAGAGUCUCAAGCCCAAUUGCAUGGAAGCAGAGGGAGGAAGGUGGCUGUGAGCAGGUUUUACUCUGAGACUACUCAAGGAAACUCCAGCUCAGGACAAAUCCAGUCCAACUCAGUGUUUUAUUCAUUGUGAAGGGACUGGGCUCUGCUGCGCUUCUCAGGAUUGUACUUGCAUCGUUGACUUCUUUUGCUUCUGGUCUUCUUUGUGCUCCAGUUGGAAGUUUCUGAUACAAGACAAUGAUUACUCUGCUCUGGGGCAUCACUUGCCUACUGGCCCUUGUCAGUGGCAACAGCGUCAAAACGCAAGCGAGCACAGGGGAGCGCUUUGUUUGCACCGCUAUUCCUGCCGAUGCCAGCCCGGGGUGCCCCAUGGCGCACGAAGCGCUAUCCCAGGAAGAUGUACUGCGCUCCACUGUAUUCCAGCUGCGAGAGACCAUCCUUCAGCAGAAAGAGACCAUCGGGAACCAGAAGGAGACUAUCCGGGAGCUGACUGCCAAGCUGACCCGGUGCGAAAGCCUCUCGGAGGGAGGAGGAGGGCCGGACGGAAAGCACGGCUCUUGGAGGAAGGUGCCCGGCAAGUCAGGAGGCAAAGACACCAUGGGGGACCUGCCUAGGGACCCAAGUCAGGUCAUUGACCAACUUAGUCGCACCAUGCAGUCUCUGAAGGACAGACUGGAAAAUCUAGAGCAUCAGCUGAGAUCCAAUGUGUCCUAUUCAGCUAUGCCUAAUGACCUUCGAGAGAUGCUUCAAAGAAGGCUGGGGGACUUGGAGCAUCAGCUUUUAAAUAAAGUGACUGAACUUGAAGAUGAGAAGUCAUUGCUACAUAACGAGAGUGCAGCUCACAGACAUAAGACAGAGUCAGCCCUCACUGCUCUCUUGGAAAGAGUUAAUGAACUUGAGAAAGGAAGCAACACAUUCAAGUCGCCAGAUGAUUUCAAAGUCUCCCUCCCACUCCGCACCAAUUACUUGUACGGCAGGAUUAAGAAGACUCUGCCUGAGCUCUAUUCCUUCACUAUCUGCAUGUGGCUGAAGUCCAGCGCAUCACCCGGAAUCGGAACGCCAUUCUCCUACGCUGUGUCGGGCCAAGCCAAUGAAAUUGUACUCAUUGAAUGGGGCAACCAUCCUAUCGAGCUGCUGAUUAACGACAAGGUGGCUCAGCUCCCAUUUACUAUUGGAGAUGGAAAGUGGCACCAUAUUGGUAUCACGUGGACAACAAGGGAUGGAAUAUGGGAAGCAUUUCUAGAUGGUGAAAGACUUGGCUCCGGGGAGAAUCUUGCCCCUUGGCACCCAAUUAAGCCAGGUGGAAUUCUUAUUCUGGGCCAGGAGCAGGACACAGUCGGGGGCCGGUUUGAUGCAACCCAAGCCUUUGUUGGAGAAAUGAGUCAAUUUAAUAUAUGGGAUCGUGUUCUCAAAGCAGAAGAAAUUGUGAACAUUGCAAACUGCUCCUACAAUAUGCCUGGCAACAUCAUACCGUGGGUUGAUAAUAAUGUUGAUGUCUUUGGAGGAGCCACUAAAUUACCCCUGGAGCCAUGUGAAGAGCGCCUGACAGAGUCAUAGCUAAAACUAGAGAUUCCCCCCAAAGUGCCCUACUUUAUUGAGACAAUCUCUGUUGAGGUUUUUGGUCCUACAAUGCACUUAUUUGCGCAAACAUAUUUUUUAAACCCCUAAGAAGCAGGCAUGGUUGUUAUGGGCUUUGUUUUUUAAGUGUAUUGCCAUAGUGAAGCAUUCUACUAAAAGGCUGUGUCUUUAGGGGUUGGAUGAACAAGUCCCUGUUUGCCAUAUAAUAACAAGAAAAUGAUGUUUAGGUUGCAUACUGGCAAUCACACGUGCAAUAAGAACAAUAAGCAUGUACAGAUAUACACAUAUUGAUCAUUGUCUGGAAGCACCACAUGGAAAUAUUCAGUGGCCAAUUGCAAUUUCUCUCUGGGUAAUGUGUUAACCAUAUUACACAUAACAUCCAUUUACAUACAAUGAUGAAAAUGUGUAUACAUUGGUUGCAGUUGAAUAAAUCCAGGCCUAUUUAUUGUUUUGUUGGUAUGCCUUAAGCAGGGGCAGGCAACCCAUGGCCCCUAAUAUUAUGUUGAACUACUUCUCCUGGCAACAAAAGUUGUCACCCUUAGCCAAAUGGUUCUUCUUUAGAAACCAGCCUAUGUCUGUCACCUAACUGAUAUGAGAUUUAUGUAAUGCCUUUUUGGCUAACUGAGGUGGCUAGUUCUUCAAGCUUCUACAAUAUGCCUGAUGAAGAAUCCUAUCUGCACGCAGAAGUAUCAAAGGUGCCUCCUGCAUCGUACAUAGCAGAUUUUGAUGCAUGGGUUGGCCCGAAACCUGUGGGAUCCAAGGGGUUUAACCAUGGGUUUGGCAAGUGUGGGUUGAGAUUCUGAUUACAGACACAGGUUUCAGGUGGACUGGUGGUGGGCCAAACUUCAGCAGAGCUCUCUGUUGAUGAUGUAAUUGGAGCAACUCCUCCCCUCUGGUGAUGUAAUCUCACUAAUCCCAACUUUGAUCUUUGAUAUCAUUAUUGGGAGUUUGGAUGAGUUUGGGUCAUAAAAGGUGCAGUGGUGGAUAAAAAAAAAUCAAGAUGGAGGUGCAGAGUUCGGCGUGCAGUGUUGCUAGGCACAGGCCAGCCCUGUUCUUACUGCAAUACAAUGCCCCACUGCGGGCCGAACCACCACUACAUACAGGGAGGGGGAUGCCUAUAUGUCUCACCCCACCUGCUCCUCAAGAAUACUGCGUUACCGAACACAGGUAGCACUGUAUUCAUGGAGGCAGCUGCAAAUCUCUGUGCUCUGAAACCUGGGGCAAUGUGCAAAAAAAAGGCUAAAUGCAACUUUUUUUGCACAUUGAACACUGACUGCCUGUUUGUAAACGACCACUUACAACUCUGCACAUCAGCAUUAAUAAACGACACUUAUCUGCUAUUAAUAUUUAUAAUGAGGCAUAUCCCUAAUAUACGCACAUUAAUAUUGCUUCUCCCAUCACAGGAAUGGCCUUUAUACAAAAUGGAAAAUUGAUCCAGUUUUCUGAUUAAAACUGCACUUUCCAUAAAGACAAAUAUAUUAUAUUAUAUAUAUAUUAUUUAUUAUUUUUUUAUGUUAAAAGGAGGCUACUCUUAUCUGAUAAAUGAAAGAAAAUGCCCUCUCUAGACACGGAUAUUAAAGAAAACAACCUUUUAUAUGAA